AUGGGUUCUCUGUUCCCGACUAUUGCUCCUGGAGCAGAGGAGGGCAUGAAGGCAUACGUGGGCCCGUCGCUGUUCCAGCCGCACCGUGCUCGCCAGGCCAUCCGGGACGCCCACGAGAAGAAGAUCCCGCCCCUCAUCGGCUACUAUGCUGGUCUCAGCUCCGUCCCCAUCACGCGGUUCGUCGCCCCGAUGGGCUACGAUGUCAUGUGGAUCGACUGGGAGCACACCUCGUGCGGUGUCGAGACCAUGACGACGCUAACACAUUUCCGCAGAGUCCCUGGUCACGACCACGCGGCCAUCGGUUUCGCGCUUGAUGCGGGCGCCAGUAUUGUUGUCCCCCAGCUCGAGACAGUCGAGCAGGCCAAGCACGUGGUGUCGGCGGCCAAAUUCGGCACGCGGCAGAACGGCACCCGCUCGGCGCCCCCUUUCCGCAUGGUGCCCGGCCUGACGGACAUGGCGGCGGACGGCAAGCGCGACGUGUGGCAGAACCUCAACGACCAAGCAGCCAUCAUGGUGCAGAUUGAGUCGCUCGAGGGCAUCAACAACCUGGACGCCAUCCUGACUGAAGUGCCUGACAUCGACGUGGUGUGGCUCGGUAGCCUCGACUGCCGCAUCAGCAUGAACCUGCCAGCCAACUUCGGCCAGGGUGACGAGCCCGAGUGGCUGGCCGCCGUGGAAAAGUUCAACAGCACCCUGAAGAAGCACAACAAGCCCCGCGCCGGCUUCUGCCUCGGGGGUGGCGAGGAGUUGGCCAAGAUGGGCGAGGACAACGUGCUGCUUGUGCAUGCCGCCGACGUCAUGAAGUUGUAUGAGCUGGGUCCCCAGCUGCUUGCCGCGAGGCAGGCCGUUGCCAAACAGUAA